GCUCACUGUGACAAGGGUGUUUUGUAAGACUCAAACGUAAGGACAGGAACGUUGUUUGUUAAACUGUAUUUUCUUUUGUUGUUACAUCGAAUUCGACAUAACCUACAAAGGCGACUGUGCGUUGUGCCCUCCAAUUUUAAACAGAUUGGAAGAAACUCAUCCUUCUGAAGGCAGAGACAUAAGCUUCCCCCAAAGAUGAAUUCUGAAGAGGAUUUCUCACUGGUAACUCAGAAUGGUGAAGUGUCACCGAUCAGUCCUGUAAGUCCUUUGGAGAAGAUCAGACAGGAAAUUACAAAGUGCAAGGCGGCCUUUGACCAGCUGGUGGUGGAGCACAGGGAGUUGGCUAAAGCUAAAGAUGAACAACUGGAUAUGGCGGAGAAGUUCCGUAACCGCAGUACCCGAUUGAAGGAUCAGCUGAGGGAGGAAGAGGAGGAACAAGCCCAGAGAAUGGAUAAUGAAAAGGAGAAGAUGAGUGCCUUGCAAGAGGAGGGGAGCAGGCUGCAGGUGGAGGUAGAGAAGAUGGAGCAGGAGCUGAGACGCAUCGACACACUUAACCACCAGCUGAAGCAGCAGACGCAGGUGUCCACAGCAGUUCCUGAAAAGAAAGUUGUCUUCACUGGUGAUGUUGCUGUGGGGGCUGGGGCUGGGGCCAGCAGCUUUGACUUGAAGGCUCAAAUCGUGUACCCCAUGGAGGGUGGGACAGCACUAGUCACCUUUGAAGAUGGGGAGGUGGCUCAGAAUAUCAUGAGCAUGCAGCAGCAUGAGAUUCAGCUCGGGGACUGCAUCAUUAGACUGAGGGCCGAACCAGUGCAGUUCCUGAUGCCCAGUCGCAUUGAGAUGGACACCCACAUAUGCCCCAGGCGCAUUCUGGUCUCCAACCUCCCAAAGAAGGUUGAUGAACAAACGCUCAUGGACAAGCUGGAGCUCCACUUCCAUAAGAAAAAGAAUGGGGGUGGGGAGGUUGAUUCGGUCGACAUGCUGCAUGAUUCUGGCAAUGUGGUCAUCGCGUUUAUGGAAGACAACGUUGCAAAAGGUUUGACGGACACGGAGUUUCAUGAGGUGGGAAUAGAAAAAAAGAAAAAGCACAGGCUAAGAGUGACUCCAUUUGUCAAUGGAGAGAUCACAAACCUACAGACUCGGGUGUCUGUGUCCCAACGCACGGUGUUGCUGACUGGGAUCCCUGACAUCAUGGACCCAGAGAACCUGCAGGACAGCUUGGAGAUCCACUUCCAGAAGGAAAGCAAUGGAGGGGGUGAAGUGGACGCCUUCAUCUACAACCCUCUGGGCCGCAGCACCCUUGCCCUGUUCAAGGAGGACCCUCCUAAGAGCCAGUGAGCAAGCUGAAGGCACUCUCCCCACUACCUCUAGUUAUCUCCUGCCACCUCCUUCCCUUUCUGCAGCCUUCCCACAGUGCAUCUUUGAAAUCCACCAACCUCUGAGCAAUCCUUAGAUCCCAGCCUGUUGUGUUUCUCACAGCCAGUUUUGACCAUAUCAGUGCUGUCAUACACUUUUAAUAAAGAAGCUGAUCCAUAUACCAUCUUAUUAAAAUAAAAUAUUGUAUGGUUCACUUGCAUGUGUGCCAGUAUGCAUGUUCAUACAGCAAUUCCCAUUUUCUAUGUUAAUUUAUG